ACUUUAAGACCCAGAACAUGGGCUGUGGUGUGGGCAGCACCAACGCGGACUGGAUGGGCUCCUUGUGCCCCAUCCUCUGCACCAUGCCCCUGAAGUACCUCGCAGUGCCAGGGUCGCACGAUUCCUUCAGCUUCUGGGUGGAUGAAAAAGCUCCCGUGGCUCCAGACCAGACAGCUGUGGUCAAACAUCUGGUAGUCAUCUUUCGCCUGCUGGCCAAGAAGGUGAUGAAGAAGUGGUCCAUGACCCAGAGCCUGACCUUCCGCGAGCAGCUGGAGGGGGGCAUCCGCUACUUCGACCUGCGCGUGUCGUCCAAGCCGAGCGAGCCGGGCUAUGAAGUCUACUUCAUCCAUGGCCUCUACGGGCACCGGGUGCGAGACGGCCUUGGCGAGAUCGACCGCUUCCUUGGCGAGCACCCCAAGGAGGUGGUCUUUCUGGACUUCAACCAUCACUAUGCCAUGAGUGAGGACCACCACCGCUACCUGAUCGCCACGCUACAAGAGGUGUUUGGCCACAAGCUCUGCAAGGCUAAUGUUGUAGAGGAGAUCACGCUUGACUUCCUCUGGAGGAACGGGUACCAGGUCAUCGUGUUCUACCACCACCCCUGGGCAGAGAAGCGGCCAUUUCUCUGGCCAGGCAGUAAGAUCCCAGCUCCCUGGGCCAACACGACCGAUGCCUACAAACUGAUCCAGUUCCUGGAGACCACCCUGGGGGAACGCGCUGAAUAUGGCUCCUUCCAUGUGUCCCAGGCCAUCCUCACCCCCCGUGUGAAGACCAUCAUCUGGGGUCUCAUCCAGGGCCUUCGUGACCACUUAGUGGAGAGAAACCUCCCCACCAUCAUGACCUGGGUGGAGGCCCAGAAGCCAGGAAUCAAUGGGGUCAACAUCAUCACCUCUGACUUUGUGGAACUGGUGGACUUUGCUUCUACUGUUAUCAGGCUGAAUGACCUUCUGCUGCCUGACCUUCCUCUCACGUGA